CACAGGACAGGCUGUGGAUGAACUGUGGUGAGUGCGAAGAGGUCUUGGCAUCAUGUCGCCUCUCAUUGCUCCGCUCCGUUCCACUCUGAAAAUUAGGCGACGGGACUUCCACCUACCUAGCUUCAACUUUUCUUUCUCAGCUCCACCUCCUGCUAUUUUCUUCCUCGCCCACCAACUCCAGCUUCACCAUGCGCAAUACCCUCAUAUUCGCUGGCAGCUCCUGCCCAGGGCUGACGAACCAAAUAUGCUCGAACCUGGGUAUGGCUCCGGCCGCUGUCGAGCUCUCGCAGUUUGCAAACGGAGAGACUAGCGUCAAGAUUAUGACCAGUAUUCGAGAGAAAGAUGUAUUUGUGGUUCAAUCGGGCAGCAGUAAGAUCAAUGAUAGUAUCAUGGAGCUUCUCAUCUUGAUAUCCGCUUGCAAGGGAGGCUCAGCAAACAAAAUCACUGCUGUUCUACCAUACUUUCCAUAUAGCAGACAGUCGAAGAAGAAGUCGCAUCGGGGCGCAAUUACUGCUCGUAUGCUUGCCAACCUCCUUCACGUCGCGGGAAUCAACCACGUUAUCACAAUCGACCUACAUGCCUCACAAAUGCAAGGAUUCUUCAAAUGCCCAGUCGACAACCUGCAUGCGGAGCCUUUGAUUGCGAGAUGGAUUCGGCAUAAUGUUCCUAACUGGUCUGAAGCUGUCUGCGUGUCCAAGAAUGCUGGAGGUACCAAAAGAGUCACAUCUCUGGCAGAUGCUCUGAAGCUCAACUUUGGCAUGGUCACAACGGAUAAGAGACGAGGUGUGAAUAUGAGUGGCAGUUUUGUCAUGAAUCCGUUGGACCACUUCGACCACGAUCUGGACGAUGCAGAUGUUAGUAAGCUCGAGAUCGAUGACGAUGAACGCAGCUUUAAUUCGGAUAAGAAGCCUGAGCUCAGCAGGAUCCAAACAAGUAGCAAAGAGAGUCACAAGUCGGAUCAGUCUACAUCCACCAAGCAUAGUCCUCCACGCAAACCAACACAUGCGCGCCAGGAUAGCAAUCCCUCCCCACGAAAGCCUCAAAAUUUACCGUCCCCGCUUCGCACCGCACACAAAGGGCCAACUGCAACAAGAUCACCCCUUGUUCGCGCUUCCACUACCCCAGCACGAUCUUCACCCAUUGAAGAAGAGAUUGGAGAAGGAGACGAAGCUGAGUUCACAGAUGAACGUGCUCGAGACAUCAUCCAUGGUCGAUUGAUUCAUGGUCAUAUUGUGCCUGAUGAUUACCCCUCACCGACCCAGUCUGCCAUGUCAAGCUCUAUGAUACUCGAGCGACCUGAAGAUGAUCCAAUGGAGAUGUCGAGAGCCUCUUCUUACUUCAACCCUGAACCACAUGCGCUUGGCGGUACUGCUGAUGCUACGGCAACUUCGGACGAGGAAGAAGAGGGCUUCAAUAAUCCGAGCUUGGAGCAGAUGAUUACCUUAGUAGGAGACGUCCGCGGUAGGACUGUCUUCCUCGUUGACGACAUGAUCGACAAAGCUGGCAGUUGGAUCGCUGCAGCUGAGUGUUGUGUCAAGCGCGGUGGUGCAAAGAAGGUUUAUUGCAUUGCCACUCACGGUUUGUUUGGCGGCGACGCACUUGAAGAGCUUCAAGACUGCGAUUGCAUCGACCUUAUUGUCGUCACGAACUCCUUCCCAAUACCUCCGGAGAAGGCGAGAGAGACCAACAAACUCGUCAUCUUGGAUCUUUCAAAUUUACUUUCUGAAGCUAUUCGAAGGAAUCAUUAUGGCGAGUCUAUUUCUGCUCUCUUUUCACAUUCACACGACUAAAUCUGUUAUUUAUUGUAAGCCAUUUGAUUUAUUUCCCCAAUUCUGUUAUUUGUAUGAUUAGCGUGGCGUUCAUGGGAAGGCGAAGGAUGAGUGGUAAGGAUAUGACCGUCUUGCUCACUGCACGGAUGACGGAGGAGUUUAGAGACAAAUGAUAACG